AUGUCGGCGUCGGGAUUGCACAUCGAGCAAGCAUCGAACUCGUCAUUAUGGGAUCGCGUGUCAACAUGGGUAUCUGAGAACAGAGCGGUUGCAUAUACUAUCGCCGGAACCGUCGUGGUAGUCACAGCAGGCGGAGUGGUGUACUAUCUGUCCCAUUCGCCUGAAAAGAACCUUGAGGCGCAAAACCAUGCAAAGAAGAGCAAGAAGGAGCGACGGAAAGAGAAGAAAGAGCAACAAGAAGCUGCUUCUCGUGAACAGCCUGAGAGCGGCGUCAAGCUGAUAGAUGAGGAAGCUGCAAUUGGUGUUCAAGCUCCAAAACCUGCAACAGUCGAGGCCGAGGAUGAGGUACCAGAGAUCACCGAGUCGACUGUUGAGGCUUUCUCGCCAGAGGACCGCAAUAACUACGCUGCGAAAUUAAAGGUUGCUGGUAACAAAGCCUACGGAUCUAAAGAUUAUAACAGCGCCAUUGACCUAUACGGCAAAGCCAUACUCUGCAAGCCCGAUCCUGUCUACUACUCUAAUCGAGCCGCCUGUUACAAUGUACUUAGUGAGUGGGACAAGGUUGUGGAAGAUACCAGCGCGGCCAUUGCGAUGGACUCGGAAUAUGUUAAAGCUCUCAACCGACGAGCACAUGCUUACGAACAUCUCGGGAAGUUCUCAGAAGCCUUACUUGAUUAUACUGCUAGCUGCAUCAUUGACGGAUUCAAGAAUGAGCAAAGUGCUCAGAGCGUCGAAAGACUGCUGAAGAAGGUCGCCGAAAAGAAAGGAAAAGCAAUUCUCGAGAAGAAGGGCAAGAAACUACCAAGCGCAACAUUCGUUUCCAACUACCUCCAAAGCUUUCGUCCUCGGCCUGCGCCAGCUGGUCUCGAAGAGUCUGCUGAACUAGACGAAAAUACUGGCAAGGGCCAACUACAGCGCGGUCUGGCAGGCAUGGGCAAGAGAACAAGUGAGGGUUAUGAACGGGCAGCCACUGCCUUCAAGAAGGCUCUCGAGCUUGGAGACUUGGGCGAGUAUGAAGCGUUCGCUCUCAACAUGCGUGGCACCUUUGCUUACCUGGAAGGCGAUGUCGAGAGCGCACUCAAAGAUCUGACUGACGCCAUUGAGAAGGACCCAUCGUUAUCGCAAGCAUACAUUAAGCGUGCCAGUAUGCAACUAGAACUGGGCAGCAAAGAACAAGCAUCAGCCGAUUUUGAACUGGCUGCACAACAGAAUAAGGACGACCCGGACAUUUAUUACCACCGAGCACAGCUCCACUUCAUCCUAGGAGAAUGGGUCAACGCUGCCAAAGACUACCAGAAGUCUAUUGACCUUGAUCCAGAUUUCAUCUACUCACACAUCCAGCUCGGUGUAACUCAGUACAAGAUGGGAUCCAUUACCUCGUCCAUGGCAACGUUCCGAAGAACCAUCAAGAAGUUUGACAAGGUUCCUGAUGUCUACAAUUAUUAUGGUGAGCUUCUGUUAGAUCAACAAAAGUACACCGAGGCAAUCGAGCGUUUCGAGACCGCCAUCGAUAUGGAGAAGCAGCAAAACCCAACGAACAUGAAUGUGCUGCCUUUGAUCAACAAAGCCCUCGCCCUGUUCCAGUGGAAGCAAGAUUUUAAGCAAGCCGAAGAACUGUGCGAAAAGGCUCUCGUCCUGGAUCCUGAAUGCGAUAUCGCUGUUGCUACCAUGGCACAGCUGCUUCUCCAGCAAGGCAAGGUCACUCAGGCACUCGAGUAUUUUGAAAGGGCCGCAGAACUUUCAAGGACGGAGGGUGAGAUUGUCAAUGCUCUGUCGUAUGCUGAAGCCACACGAACACAACUCGAGGUUUCGGAGAAGUAUCCACAAUUGCAAGCACGACUACAACAGAUGGGCGCCAGUGGGCUAGGGAGAGGUCCGGGCAUGUGA